AUGCGUCUCGUCGAGUCGACGAGCGCCGCCGAGUCCAAAGUCUUCAUCCCGUCACGCAUAAUGCCUCCCACCGACUCCUCCGAGCUCGGUGAUAUGAGUCCCCACCCCUCGAUCCAUCCGCUGAGCAUUGAGGCCGACGUCCCGUUACCUCUGCCCCAACGGCCCCCACCCUUUGUCGCCAGUGUGCCACGCCGCGAGAUGCCACCCCCGGCAACUGCCAACCCCCCCAAGAAAGAUAAUCGCCCGAAACCGUACACGGUAGAGCCGCCGGCUGCUGCCCCGCGGUAUGCGAUACACACCGAUGCCCAGGUGAAGGCGGGCGGAUCGGCGCCAAAGAUCGGAUACGCAGACUUCUUCCCUUGGACGGGGAAUCAUCCCGAAGACCAGUUUUCCGACGAUGUGAUCCGAAAUGGAUAUUAUAAUAAGGCCUUGUAUACCCCGGCAGAAACACAGUCGGCCAAAAACAUACUGUUUCCGGCCUUGAAACACAAGACUGGCCUCACUGCGCUGUCAUCCGUCUUUACCGCCGUGUUGGGGCAGAGGAGGCACAAUGGGCAGAUCACGGCUCCGUCGACCUUCAAACCCCCACCCCGAGUUACCCUCACCGACACCAAACGGGAGUCCUGGUUGAAGGAUCUCGCGAACCCCGCCAUUUCGCUCCGACGGCUCAGCCGAACGAUACCCCAUGGCAUCCGCGGCAAGAUCCUCCUCGAGCAAUGCCUGAACAAACGUGUGCCGACCGACCGAGCAGUCUGGCUGAUCAAAACGCGACUGGCGGCACAUUUGUACGCCGAGUAUUUACUCGACCGCGAGCAUUUCUCGGAAUGGCUUGUCUCCAACCUCGAAAACAGCUCGGACGCUAAACUUCCCAUGUGGAUGCUCAUCACACAAUUAUACUGGAAGGACCUGCUCAAGAUGAGGAGGUACGGCCGCAGGCUGGUUACCGCUCUUAUCAGCCACCAUCACCUAAUAUAUAACCACCCCGACAAAGACAUUUUACACCCACUCCUGGAAAGCCUAACCCAGUGCCUGAAUACAUUAAUAUUGAGCAGCCCUGAGAAUUUUGUAUCUCCAUCCACUUGGUCCAAGUAUAGAGAUGCUCUAAAAGCGUGCCUCCCCGCUGGCGACCAGGCGAGACACAACUCCUUCGGCGCGAUAAAUCUCCGAAACGAACAGCUCGCCGCAGCCGCCAACAGGUCGCAACCGGCUGCCCGGCAUAUCCUAGUACGGAUGCUCGACGGGACCCUCCAGAACCCCAUGUCGAACGAGCUGCCGGCCCAGUGCUGGGGAAUCUCCAAGGACAAGGACGCUCUGGCGAGAGCUUUGCUGGAGUGGUGCACCUCUCUGUACCGCCCUGGUCUGGCAAAAAUCUACGUCACGAGCCGGAUACUGCAGCAUUGGAGCACGCUGGGCUUGGACUCGACGGCGACCGUGCUGGACUUUCUCGAGGCCGAUGCUUGUGAAGAGAAGGAGCACAAGUCGGCGUUUUAUCACGUCGUCUGCGAGCUUGUCCGAUCAGAGAUCUUCUCGGUCCCUCGCUAUAUCCAAUGGCUCAUGGCGCGUGGGGGGACAAGAAAUCCCGAGCUUGUCUCGAGAGACGGGCCGGCACCGACUCGUUUGCUCGUCGAGGUCCCAACACACGCUCUCGCGCCAUCUCAGCGGGACCUCCGGGGCGAGAUGCUCCGGCGCGCCUCCUUUAGUGUGGCAGACGCGGCAGCCGAUGUGGAGUUGGCGCUCAAGCACCUGAAACACACGCUGGGGAUGUCGACGGACCCAACGGAUCUGAAGCCGUUGUCACUCAGCAAGUUCACCAAGAAAAUCGCAUCUGCAGACCGAGCGCUCAAGGCCGAGCUCGGUUGGUGGCUCCGGGCCAACUUCGCUGCCCACGCCGAGGAGAGGGAGAGAGAGGGUAACCAGGCGCCGGAAAUAUCGCCCGCCCUUUUCUACGCUGUUCGAUCCGUGCUAGAGGCAGCCGAAGACUUCUCCAUGAUUUGGCGAUAUCUUUGA